AGUUUCCAUUAAAUUUCGAAAAACAUGUAUCGGAAUACAAUUUUCCUGUUUUUUCUGGCUGUUUUUGAGGUAAUUCUUUCGUUUCAGCUCAACUGUUUGUGCUCACAAAAUGGUGUGACUGUGAACUCUAUUUUGAAAGAACACAACUUCGAGAGAGAAUUUGGAGGCAUGCCAUCAUUAACUUUGUCCAAAAAACUAAGCAAAGAUUGUGAAGAUUAUGCGAAAUAUCUAGCUACAUUGAACAUUCCAGAUCAAGAGUUACUCGAUACUAUAGACCGAGACUAUUUAAUGGAAUACGCCACUGAAUUUCCUUUUUCCUAUGUAGAUCACACGGUUUAUCCCUUAUCGGAUCCGAAUAAGAUCAAGUAUACAGAAAAUAUAUGCGAGUUUUACGAUGAAUCCUGUUUUUCAAGUUGGUAUUAUCAGGGAAAAUAUUGGUAUGAAGAGGGACCCCCUUUACCAGAUAAUCCAGAAUACUAUAAUAAAGAGAAAAGGAAAGCUAAACAAUCACUGACUGAUAAGUAUACUGCACUUAUGUGGAGGUCAUCUAAAGAACUGGGAGUGGGUUUUGCUCCAAAGAACCCCACGGUUAAGGAUGGAAGAAAAAUAAUGGUCGUAAGGUAUUCUCCACCCGGCAAUGUACCUGGGAAGUAUGAUGAAAAUCUACCAAUACAAGAAGAACUUGAGCCUGAUGGAACUGGUAAAAUUGAAGGUACUACAACCUCAUGUGAAAUCGGAAAGGAUUUCAAUAUAUUUGCUGUAUUACUAAGUUGUCUAAUACCCACCUUUCGUUUACAUAAUAUUUUAAAUUGA